CAGCGGGCCAAAAAAAGACUUAUUUCGGAAACGCCCAGAUCAGGUGCUCCCCCGCCCACUUGCAACCUCUCUUUGAGUCGCUGAGAAUUAUUGGAGCUGCACCGUGUCAAAGCAAGCUUAAACCCGCCUGUCGCCUCGACUUACCUUCGAAAGCGAGUUGAGCGCAACCCCCCCUCGCGCCUUCGAAUAUACGACGCCCGUACCCCCCUCCCUCCGGUCUUACGAGGGAUAGGCGUCUUGCCUCUCACCUCGACAGCACGGUAGAGCCGAUUUGCCCCUUCCCUCUAUGACACCGGCCUCUCCACCCCAACGUCUUUUUUGACCUUUUGAUCGAUUACCCCGAACGGUUUGACUUAUGGCUGUGUGUUGAGAGGAAAGUGUGAUAGUCAAGGGUAUCUCGAUUUUUGGUUGCGAUGGACGACAGUCAUAUCCUUGGCGAGGACCUACCGCUCCCUCCGGCACGGCUUUUCGAAAGAUUGGCGCAGUUGCCUGGAUACACCUGGGAUCAAUCAGUGGAGCCUUUUCAUUCGACUUAUAACCAUUGGCAUGUUUUCGGCCUCCGCCACUCGACUGAAUCCGACGCCAGCACCCCCGCGGCGACCUCAUCGGGACCGUCGAGCCUCACGCGCAACUCCCCGCGGACCGAGUCGCGCCCCCAAAUUCGGCACCAAUGGAGGAGUAGCCUGAGCGAAACGAGUAGCGAUAUCUCGCUGUCGCGCGCCGACCAUGAGCCAAUCUGGACACCGGUGAUAGCUCGGGUCUCGUCUCACAUAGUGAGGCUCGAGCGCGAGUUCCACAUGCUGAGGUCUAUCGUGCAGACGUCCGACCCGGAUUGCAACCACACCAUACGCCCGAUUGAUCUUAUACGGAUGCCAUCCGACCCAGAUGACGACGGGACUCUCCUGGUGGCCAUCUUCGAAAACCCAGGCCCGAACAUGCUGCGGGAGAUGGUGGCGUUUGGCCCUGCUUGGUUUGCAGUCGGAGAUAGGGGUGAUAGCAACGAGCCAACCCCAGGGGAGCAGGUCUCCCUCCCGGUCUUUUUGGAUUUUGCAAUUGGCGCGUGCGACUGCUUGGAGCUCCUUCACUAUGGACUCAAAACCGUCCAUGGUGAAAUCCGUGGCGAUGCAUUUCACUUCAACAGAGAAACUGGGUCGGUGAAGCUUACAAAUACUGGUAAUGGCGCAAAGUCAUUCGAUAAUGUCCUUAGCGAAGGCUGGUUGACGGUCUCGAGGGAGCUCGGCGUCAAGAACAAACUACAAUUCAUCGGGCCAGAGCAGACGGGAAGAAUGCCGACUGAACCGGAUAGCCGAACGGACAUUUAUGCGCUGGGCGUGCUUUUUUGGACAAUGCUUACUGGGAAGCCCGCGUUUACUGGAAGCGACCCCGUUGAAGUCGUGCAAAAUGUUUUGGGAAAGAAACUCCCUCCCAUUUCAGCGAAAAGAAUGGAUAUCCCAGACGCUGUCUCCGCUGUCAUCCAAAAAAUGACACGGAAGGCAGUCAAUGAGCGCUACCACACGAUUUCUUCGGUGAAAAGAGAUUUGGCUCAGAUCGCUCAGCUACUCGGGGAUGGCGAUAGCGAAGCGCUGAAGGAUUUCCAGAUCGCACAGCGUGAUGUCUCGUCCUUCUUUACUCUCCCGACCCGCAUGUUUGGCCGACAAGAAGAAUACGGGAAGAUACUAAGCGUCGUCGAGAAAGUUGCCAGGCGCCAACAAUAUGCCCACUCCCGGGUUUCUGCGCAAACCUCUAACGGACUCGGCUCAACUUCUUCUAUAUCGGACAGCCGUGUUGACAGCUUCGAAAUUGCGUCGGGUUCUAGUGAAUCUGGAUCGUUCCAACUACAGUCUAAAUCGACGUCAACCCCCAGCCCCAACAAUCUUGGACGCGUGUCGACGCAUGAAUCUCUCCACAGCACUGAGUCUUCCCUUUCCACCCCUAAAGCUGGGCUUGGUUCAGGCAAAGCAAAGUCUCCAGUGGAGUCGCGUGCCUCCUGGGAGAAUGUGGAUCGGGAGAGCCAUCCGUCUACUGGCACUAAUUCCCUGAGCCACCUGGAUGCCUUUGGUAUCAACCGUCACAGAGCUCCUCCGCACAAGGUUCGCCGCGCCGGGAAAUGCGAGGUCGUCACCAUUUGUGGCGCUGCUGGGAUAGGGAAGACUGAUCUCCUCAAUCGUGUUCAACCAGCGAUACGCAAACUCGGCUACAUUGGGAUUGCUCGUCUGGAUCGGGCGCGAAGAGUGCCCUUUGAGCCCUUUGCGAAGAUUCUCGCCAGCCUUCUCCGCCAGAUCUUUUCGGAACGGGAUGUAACAACCGACUAUCAUGACAACGUGCGCACUGCUUUGCGACCCAUGUGGCCGACUCUCCACCGAGUCCUCGAGCUCCCGGAGCAAUUGAUGUCUUCAGGACGCAAUGAAAAGCAAAUUUCGCCUAAGCUUUCUGCCGCGCAGCAUAUCUUCAAGGACGAUUCCACCAAGGGCGAGCCCUCGAAACGUGUGGCUCUGCCCCACCUUGACCACGGUCAGAGCUCUGUGGAGUUCUUCUUGACAAAUGCGGCAUCGAAGAACAUGCGGUUGAUGGAGACCUUUUUGGAGAUCCUCAAGACGCUUUCAAACUAUAAAUUAAUCUGUGUGGGCGUGGACGAUUUGCACUAUGCCGAUGAUGAAACACUCGACCUUAUCGUGAAUAUCAUGAAAGCGAAAAUCCCUUGCGUGCUCAUGCUUACCAGUCGCAAAUCCGAGUUGGAGUCGCAUAUCAUCAAAAAUCUUUUCGAAGCGGAAGGUCCCAAUGUGACGAGGAUUGUCCUGAAGCCGCUUGGAGAAGAAGAGGUCAUGGGGAUUGUGGCCUCUACAAUGCAUCAAGAGCCGAACCCGACGUUGACUGCUCUCUCGGCGAUCAUCCAGGAGAAGAGCUUAGGGAAUCCAUUCUAUGUGCGAAUGAUGCUUGAGACUUGCUACAGCAAAAAUUGCAUCUGGUACUCAUGGAAGGAUUCGAUAUGGGAAUUCGAUCUCGACCGGAUAUUCACGGAAUUUGUCGCUCCUGAGUAUGGCGAAGGCCUUGGGCUCACCUUUCUCGCACGACGCCUCCAAGAAGUUCCUCCCGCUGCUCGAUCAAUACUCGUUUGGGGGUCCCUGUUGGGGAGCCCUUUCCCUUUUUACCUUGUGCAGAAGCUCCUCACGGGCGAGUUUCUAUAUUCGAGUGAAGAUGACAAGUCCAUCGAUCUCACAUGCCCACAGAAUGCUAGUAUGGUUAAACAAACAGAGGGGGAUAUUGUAGUUGGACUGCAGUAUCUUGUCCAAGCAAAUUUAAUCGUUCCAGGGAAGACCGAUGAUGAAUUCAGGUUUGCCAAUGAUAGACUUGCGCAAGCCGCAGCGUCUUUGACAGACGGUCGCAAGAUCGAGAAGAUGCACUUUAUCAUUUCUCAAGCUAUGAUGAAAUAUUAUCAUGACCGCCGUAGCCGCUAUUCUAUGGCUCGCCAUGUGGCCUUGGCGUCCAGAAUAAUACGGUCUCGUGUCGUGCAACGGCUCGACUACCGAAAGAUACUAUGGGAUGCUGCGCAGACUGCUUCUCAAUCUGGAGCACGACCAACGGCGCUUUGGUAUUUCCGUCAUUGCAUUGCCUUCCUUCAAGAUGAGCCUUGGGAUGACAACAACACCGAUGUCUACUAUGAUGAAACAUUGCGACUGUAUCUCGCGACCGCAGAAAUGGCAUGGUCUCAGGGGCAUAAUACUGAAUCUCUUGACUUGCUCGACAAGGUGUUUGAACAUGGGAAGAGCGCCGUGUGCAAAUCACGGGCGUGGAUUGUGAAAGCAAAGAUCUACGCACAAAUGGGUAAUCACCUAAGGUCCAUGGAUUCGCUAGUCACAUGCCUCGAGGAACUCGGUGUUCAUCUCCGAGAGUUCACCACAUAUGAUGAAUGUGACGUCGCAUACAAGAACUUGAAGUCUUACCUUGACAAGGCUGACCUCGGGGCCAUCAUACGCAAGCCUGUCAGCAAGGACAUCAACAUGAUAACCAUCGGCUCGGUUAUGGCCGAGGCAAUGGCUGUCACGUAUUGGGACGACCCGUUGACAUUCUACCGGAUGGCGAUCGAGAUGAUGAACCUUCACUUGUUCAAAGGCGGAUUCAUCCAAAUCUCGAUAGGUUGUUCUCACCUUGCUAUGGUCUCCUUUAGCCGUUUCCGGGACCUGGAGUUGGCCGUGAAGCUCUCCGAUUAUGCACUUGUUCUCCUCGAGCGCUGCCCCGAACCAUGGACCCAAAGCCGAGGCUCAAUUGUUCACAAUCUUUACGUGAGUCAUCUGCGCGUGCCGCUAUCAUCGACCCUUCCGGCGCUUGAGGACUCUGUAGAGACCUCCCUAUCCAUGGGCGAUCCGUACAUCACGUUGAUCAGCCUCUCGUCAAUGGCGAUGACGAGGCUGUUCCUAGGACAUGAUAUGACUCAGCUGGAGAGCUUUUGCAAUGAUAGCCCCGAAGAUCUUCCAGACUGGACGAAUGAUACCCGUGGAGGUGCGAGCCUUCUUGCUGUCCGACAAGUCGCGCGUGCCCUGCAAGGCAAAACGUUCCAUCACGACCCCAAUACGAUUAUGAGCGACGAGCAGCACUGCUCCCACGAGUACAUCGCUUUCUUAGAAAACAAUGCCAGCAAUGCUGAUCGACCUCGCGACAUUUACUGGGGACUGGCCAUGAUACCUUUGUUUGUGUACGGACACCACGCCAAAACGAUCGAGCUGGGCAUCCAGAUGAUGGAAACGAUGCCCAGGCUCUGGUCUGCUCGAGUUUCUUACGUUGUCUACUUUUACCUCACGCUUGCUCUUCUCACCCUUCACCACGAGUUCCCCGCUGGUGGGUAUCUAGAUGGCAGUCUCAAGACGGUUCUGAAGUAUAAAGCGGAGGUCGAUUUCGCUCGCAGUGCUUGUGAUGCGAACUAUGGGAUGUGGUCAUUGAUUUUAGAAGCGUUGAUUUCUGAACUCCGGAAUGACCAUACUUCGGCUAUUCAAGCUUUCGAGGCGGCGAUCGAUCAUUGCCAGAUCCACGGCUGGCCUAUGGAAGAGGCUCUCGCGCUUGAAUUGCACGGGGAAUUCUUAAUUCGCCGCGGUGCCAAACGAGCAGCGCGUUCGGUGAUGCAGGAUGCCAUUGGUGCAUGGGCUGCAAUAAGUGCCGCAGGCAAGGCGGCUCAGCUCACCGAAAAACACGAAUGGCUCUUAAAAACAGCGACGUCAUCUAGAAACGCUGACGCAGCUUGUCAAACCGUCGACUCGCUCCUUGCAAUCGAUCACAGCACAGCUCCGGAACACAUGGGUGUAGGCCAGAAUAUGGACGAGGAUGACCGGAAACAUCGCUGGAUAGAGCAAAAUGGGGUCACUACCGGCGAAAGAUCCCUUGAUAUUUCCGGCGUUGGACUCGAUAUUAUCGACUUGUCAAGCAUCCUUGAGUCCAGCCAAGUGAUGUCUUCUGAACUCCAGAUCGAAAAGCUUCUGGCUAAGAUGGUCGAAAUCGUGUUGGAAUCGUGCAACGGGUCUGAUUUUGCGGUGAUCGCAACGAAUUUCGACGGCAACUUUACCGUUGCCGCAGCGGGCGACCUUGAAAAGGGCCAGAGGUCUUUUGUUGAUGGCCUUCCCUUCUCAGAGGUCGAAGACAAAAUGGCCCAGCAGAUCUCUCACUACGUCAUGCGCACCCGGGAAGAGGUCCUCGUUCAUAACGUUCUCGAAGACGAGCGUUUCUCCAACGUGACUGAGGCCUACCAGAGUCGGUACCCGCUCGGCCGGUCCGUGAUCGCGUUGCCCAUAAUGCAGGCGGAGAAUCUUCUUGGGGUGAUCCAUAUCGAAGGGAAACCCAAUUCCUUUACACAGCGGAAUCUCGUCGUUCUCCACUUGCUGUGCAACCAGAUUGGGAUUUCCUUGUCUAAUGCGUUGCUUUUCCGGGAGAUUCGCAAGGUUGGCGCUACCAACGCAUCGAUGGUCGAAUCUCAGAAGCGCGCUUUGGCACAAGCUCGCGAGGCGGAGCAAAAGGCGAAGGUGGCGGAAGCAGAAGCCAAGCACAACGUGAAGCUGAAAGAAGAUGCCGCAAAGGCAAAGUCUAUAUUCCUGGCCAACAUCUCACACGACCUGCGCACGCCAAUGAACGGUGUGAUCGGGUUGUCCGAGUUACUCAAGGGAACCCGGUUAGACAAGGAGCAAGAUGAAUAUGUCGAGUCGAUCCGCGUCUGUGCUGAUACGCUGCUUACGCUUAUCAACGAUAUAUUGGACUUCUCGAAGUUGGAGGCUGGCAAAAUGAAGAUCUCCACGGUGCCUCUUAAUAUUAAGGAGACGAUCGCCGAGGUUGUACGUGCUCUGCGCUAUACGCACCGAGACCGAGGGCUAGAGACUAUAGAGGAUUUGGACAAGGUACCGCCAGAUCUUGUCGUCCUUGGCGAUCCUGUGCGCUUGCACCAGAUCUUCAUGAAUCUUCUCAGCAACAGCUACAAGUUCACGCCGAAGGGGUCUGUCACUGUGAAGGCUAAGAUUUCCCGAGAAGGCAAAGGCCGCGUCCGAUUGGAGUGCUCGGUGUCUGAUACGGGCAUCGGUAUUCCCGAGGAGCAGAAGGCUCGACUUUUCCGGCCGUUCUCCCAGGCGGAUAGUUCAACUGCUCGGUCCUAUGGCGGCAGCGGUCUUGGUCUCAGUAUCUGCAAGGCAAUCAUUGAGGAUGUUCUGGGUGGCGCAAUCUGGCUCGAUUCCACCCUCGGCAAUGGCACUACCGUGACCUUCCAUCUAUCUUUCAACAAGGCCAAGGAUCCCGCAAAGUCCCUAUGGUCUAAGCACUUGAAACAGGUUGAAGCGAAGGCCUCACCCACACCCACCGCCCGCGAUCUCACCCAGGUUCCCCGUGAUCAAAUCCGGAUAUGCAUCGCCGAAGACAACCCCAUCAACCAGAAGAUCGCCGUCAAGUUCGUCAACGGGCUGAAUCUACAGUGCGAAGCCGUCAGCGACGGUCGCCAAGCAGUCGAAGCACUGCGAGCACGCUCGCGCGAAGGACGCCCAUUCCACGUGGUCCUCAUGGACGUCCAAAUGCCAACGCUCGACGGCUACAACGCGACGCGUGAAAUCCGCAGAGACCCCGACCCCAACGUCAACGAGGUGCUCGUCAUCGCCAUGACAGCAAGCGCGAUCGAAGGCGACCGCGAAAAGUGUCUCGACGCAGGAAUGAACAACUAUCUUCCCAAACCUGUCCGAUCAACGGUGCUCUGCGAGAUGCUCGACCAGUACCUUGCGCCGGUCCCGACGUAUACGCGAACGCGGCUGUCGAUCCGCGCGAGAGAAAGUAUUAGCCAUGAGGCGGGCACGCCGAAUAGUGUUUCGUCGUCAGGUUCUGAUGCACAGGUUCUUGGGCUGACGCCGGAAGAAGAGAAGCCGCCGCCGUCGCCUCCGAAGCAAGCAGAGACUAGUUGACUUAAAGGCCUUUUUUUCUCAAUUUUCUAGCCAGGAGAUUGAAAAAGGAGAAAUAGUUGAUUCUCUCGCACAAUGCACUAAUCCUGCGUGCGGACCCCAAUCCCCGCCAGCCAAGUAGGCCGAGGAGUGCUUCGCCCUUCUCCUCUGCCUUCUCCUCUGCCUUCCCCUUCUUUGUCCUUAAUAUAAUCCCCAUCCCACACCAAUUGGCGUCUAUAGGUUCAACGGCGUAAGGUCCGGAUUUCCCAUGUUUAAACCUAUUUUUGUUUACACUUGACGAUGAUGAAGGAUAUGAUUGACGAGUGAUAGCGAUCAUGUCUAAACUUACAACAAGACGCCGAUCGAAGAAGAAGAUUUCCUUUCCUGUUUUCCCCGUUCUUAUCUUUUUUAUCGGGUUUUCCAAAUACCUUUCCUGAUUAAGAUGUUCUAUUACUUCUUGUUCAGACGUUAGGCUCUCUUACAAACAGCGAUUAAUUUAUCUCAAAGAUUUUGCCUUUGCUGCAAAUGCCCGUCUACUUUCUUAUCUGGUACUUCUACUUGGUUCUUUUUUUGUUACUUCUGUCUUUGUGUUUGGUCUACGGUGCUUUUCUUGCAUUCGGGGUUACUAUGUUCUGAUUGGAAACAGCUAUCUUCUGUUCUGUAAAUAGUAUAUAAUUGGCUACGACUGGGCGUUAUGUAUGAAUCAAGCUUCACUGAAA